AUGCCGACCGAAGCUCUAACACAUUUGGCGAGAGUGCUUCGACUUAGUCCCGAGACAUUCGAAGAGGCGGUAGAAGCGGCAGCCGACGUGCUUCUUCGAGGUGGCAUUGUGGCUCUUCCAACCGACACCAUCUACGGCGUUUCGACGCUUAUUGAGCACUCUGCUAAAUUAUAUUCGCUGAAACGGCGCCCGACCAACAAGCCGUUAGGACUGUUCCUCAGUGAUCCGGUCGAAAUCCCUCGCUGGGCUCAAUUGACAAUCUCUCCGCAUCUUGCCCAACAAUUACUUCCCGGUCCAGUGACUUUAAUUUUUAAUCGAUUGCCUUCACUUCCUAUGAAUUUUAAUCCAGACAGAGAAGACGUUGGUAUAAGAGUGCCUGCUUCGCCAUUAGUUAGAGCUCUUACUGUUCGCCUCGGUCAGCCGCUGGCUCAGACAUCGGCCAACGUUAGUGGUUCGGUGGCAAAUCCCACGUGUGUGUCAGAUUUUAGUAAUUUAUUCUCUGAAAUCGACUUGGUGCUCGAUGGAGGAGUGAUUGGAAGACAUCCAUCCGAGGCGCCAUCUACGAAUGAAGGGAGCACUAUAGUCGAUUUAACUCAAGACGAUUUCUAUCGAAUUGAUAUGAAACGGAAGGCUGAGCCGGAUGCAGAAGAGAUGGCGUCGUCUAAAGGGCCGUCAACAUCAAAAAAGCUUGCACCAGACGCAAACAACGAUUUCAUAAACGAAACGGUCAGUUUGCACAUAUGCUUCUCUUCGUUCUUUUUGCACUUUCACAGUCUUCUCCGUGAAAUGACCCUAUGUUUGCGUCAAGCUUAUAAAACUGACAACAAUAAGCGUUAA